AUGGAUGCGCAACAGAACGACGAGCUCUACCCCAUCGCCGUCCUCAUUGACGAGCUCAAGGUCCGUCAAUCCUUGCCUUCAUGUCACAAUAAUUCUCCUCUAAUGCGCAACAUAGNNCACGACGAUGUCUUGCUCAGACUGAAUGCAAUCCGCCGCCUGUCUACCAUCGCCCUUGCUCUUGGCCCUGAGCGCACCAGAGAUGAGCUCAUACCCUUCCUUGACGGUACUNAAUCCGUCGAGGACGAAGACGAGGUCUUGACCGCCCUGAGUGACGAGCUCGGUGGUUUCGUCGAGUAUGUUGGUGGUCCAGAGUACGCUCACGUGCUGCUUUCCCCCCUUGAGAACCUCGCUGCUAUCGAGGAACUGCUCGUCAGAGACAAGGCUGUCGAGUCAUUGAACAAGAUUUGUGAACAAUUAUCAACCGAACAGAUUGACCAAUACUUCAUCCNNCCCCUGAUCGGCAGACUCUCAAAAGCAGAUUGGUUUACCGCAAAGAUUUCGUCCACCGGCGUCUACAAAGUCGCAUACACCAAGACCGACCCCCAAACGCAAGAAUCUUUGAGGCAAGGUUUCGCACAGCUCGUCCACGAUGAUACCCCCAUGGUCCGCAGACAGGCUGCUAUCAACUUGGCCAAGUUCUUGCGCGUCAUGCCACCGAACGUCGUCAUCGACGAGAUGAUUCCUCUUUUCCAACACCUUGCUAGCGACGACCAGGACAGCGUUCGUCUUCUUACUGUUGAGAUUCUGGUUGCCAUUGCAGAGACCGUCCCCAAGGAGCAGCAGUCAAGCCACGGCGUUCUUCUCACUGCACUAAGAAGCCUUUUCGAGGACAAGAGCUGGAGAGUGCGCUACAUGGUCGCAGAGAAGUUCGAGAAGAUUGCCAAGGCUGUCGAUGACGAGGUUGUCAGUCGUGAUCUUGUACCUGCCUUUAUCAAGCUCCUCAAAGACACCGAGGCCGAGGUGCGAACUGCUAUUGCUGGUCAAAUACCUGGAUUCUGCGCCCUCAUCGAGAGAGACGUCCUGCUCCAGGAAGUUAUGCCCGCAGUUGAAGAGCUCGUCUCGGAUUCGUCGCAGCAAGUGCGUGCCUCGUUCGGAACCCAGAUUAGUGGUCUGGCUCCCAUUCUCGGCAAGCAGGAGACUACCGAGCACCUUUUGCCCAUGUUCCUCCAGAUGCUCAAGGACGAGUUCCCUGAUGUUCGUUUGAACAUCAUCUCCAAGCUCGAGCUUGUCAACGACGUCAUUGGUAUCGAGCUCCUCUCACAGUCGCUUCUUCCUGCUAUUGUUCAGCUCGCAGAAGACAAGCAGUGGCGCGUCAGACUGGCAAUCAUCCAACAUCUUCCUCUCCUGGCUUCUCAGCUUGGUGUCAAGUUCUUCGACGAGAAGCUUUCCAGCCUUUGCAUGUCUUGGCUUGGUGACACCGUCUUCAGUAUUCGCGAGGCCAGCACUCAGAACUUGAAGAAGCUUACAGACGUUUUCGGUGUGCAAUGGGCCAAUGAGGCGAUCGUUCCCAAGGUUGUCGCUAUGGGCGGCCACCCUAACUACUUGUACCGCAUGACCACUUGCUUUGCAGUCUCGGUAAGUCACUUUUGGCAUCUACAUGUUGAAUCUCUGCUGACAAUAUUCAGANCCCUCGCACCCGCUUUGUCUCUUCCCGUCAUCCAAGAGUCAAUCUUCCCUAUCCUGUCAAACCUUGUGAAUGACCAGAUCCCUAACAUCAGAUUCAACGUUGCAAAGUCAUACGCAGUAUUGAUCGACGUUCUCAAGCGCUUGCCCGACACCGAGUCAACAAUUCUUUCGCUCGAGAAGACAGGCAAGGCUGGAUCUGGAAGCCCUCAAGGUGACCAGCUCAUCCGGGAACAAAUUAUGCCCAAUCUUGAAAAACUCAUGACUGACGACGAUGUCGACGUGCGCUUCUUCGCAAGCCAGGCGGCCAAGAGCUACAGCGACGCAAUGCAAUCAUAA